ACCAGCGGUCUACCAAUUGAUGGCUUGAAUGUUCCCGGCCUGUACAGUGGGAGAAAUUUUGGUGUCGAGCGCCAAAGAAUUGUCCCUAUUUUAUGGCGGCAGCAGUGAUGGACAGCAUUGUAAUCCUGGAUGAUGAUGAGGAAGAAGAGAGGCCGCAACCCUCUUCCUCAGCCAAUCACUGCACUCCCCCCAAAGUCCAACAGCCCGCUCCUACUCACAUCACCAAAUCUCCAUUCGCAACGGCGAAGAAAGAGACCCAUGUCCUUCAGGCGGAAAACCAGAAGCUCUUCACUGAGUUUGUAGAGUACUGCUCAGCUCACACGGAAGACUGCCCAGAGGUCAUGAAGUUCCUUCACGCCAAGCACGCCAAGGCGUCGCCGGAGUUCCUGGCGUCGGUGGAGUUCCGCAACACGCUGGGCCGCUGCCUGACACGCGCCCAGGCCCGCCGCACCAAGACCUUCGUCUACAUCAACGAGCUGUGCACCGUCCUCAAGCAGCACUCGGCCAAGAGGAGGCCGACGGUCACGGCGGUGGAGCCCACGACGGGGGAGAAGAGGGAGGUGGAGGCGGCGGCGGAGGAGCUACCCUCGACCUCUGGGCAGCAGGAGGAGCCGACGAGGGAGGAGGAGGAGGCGCCGGUGGACGAUGAGAAGGAGAGGAAGACGAAGAAGGCUUCCAGGAGACAGAUUGCCUACUUGGAGAAUCUGCUGAAGAUGUACAAUGAUGAAAUCCAGCGGCUGCAGGAGAAGGAGCUGAGCAUCAGCGAGCUGGAGGAGGAGGACUCCAGCUACAUCCAGGAGCACAAGCUCAAACGCAAGAUGAUGAAGAUCUACGAUAAGCUCUGUGAGCUGAAGGGUUGCACCAGCCUGACAGGCCGAGUGAUCGAACAGAAGAUCCCAUACGAAGGGACGCGCUACCCCGAGAUCAACAGGAAGAUCCAGCGGUUCAUCAACAGCCCCGAGGCCCAGCUCAACCCCCCCGACUAUACAGACAUCCUGCAGCAGGUCCGCCGGGCCAACGAGCGCCACGGCCUCAACCUUACCAAGAAGCAGCUGAACCAGAUCGCCCAGGACGCCUUCCGGGAGACGGGCAACCGCCUGCAGGAGAGACGCCACCUGGACAUGGUCUACAACUUCGGCUCGCACCUCACCGACGUCUACAAGCUCACCAUGGACCCAGCUCUGGUGGACCCUACACUGGCCCGUAAGCUGCGCGCAAACCGGGAGGUGGCUCUCUCCAGCCUGGACCAGGUCAUCGCCAAAUACGCCUUGAAGCAGGAUGACACAGAGGAGGAAGAAAGGAGGAAACGCCUAGAAAGAGAACGCCAGAAGAAAGAGUCAUCGGAGCAGGAGGCAGUCCCAGCUGAUGAAAAUCCCCUGAAGAGUAAAGAGGAUGAAGAGGAGGUUGAGGAACAAGCUGAGGAAGAGGACGACGAAGACGACAUGUCGUCUGAUCCUGACAUCGAGGAGGAGAUCGAGGCCAGCAAAGCAGAAGCGGGGCCAGAAGGUGAGGAGGAGGAGGACGACAUCAAUGAGGUUGAGACAACAAACCAAAGUGAGAAUGAGGCGGGUGGGGGGAGCGAUGGAGACCAAGACGGAGGACAGAACAAGGAGGACGAUAAAAACUGUAGAGGAAUCAGCCCCCUUUCCCUGGGCGACACCCCGCUGAUCUCUUCCUUAGCGGACGAUUCCCCUACGGACAGCCCCAGCCAAUCAGAGGCGAUGGAGGUAGACAAAGGGAGCAAAUCGUCCAGCACAAACAACGGCGAAGACGUGGUUUCCUCCAAUCACCUUUCAGUUUUGUCCGUAAGCACCAGUGUGGACACUAAGGACUCCUCCGCUUCCCCCGCUGCUCCCAAUCAGGUAUCCCUGCCACCGUCGCCCGUGUUGAUUACCAUCCACGAGGACUCUUGCACUAAAAUCACAGAAACAAGAUCGGCCAAUUGCAGCCCUCGGCCGCCCAGUCCCAAAGACGCCUCCAAAGGCCGAAAAAGAAAGACAGGCCAAGACGUGCUGCCUAGGAAGUCUCUCAACGGCGACCUGAGGAGGCACAGUCAGAGUGUCAUCCCUCUGGACACGGAUGUGAUUAGACACAGCCCCCUGCAGGCCGACUCCACCACCCCCACACAGGAGGCGGUCACCAGCUCCCAGUCCACCCCGCCUCCCAAGAAAAACAAGAUCAACGUGGCCACCCAGUGUGACCCGGACGAAGUGAUCGUCCUGUCGGACUCUGAUUGACCUCUGCCCCCUUACCCUAUUUGGGUGUUCAGGUUUUCCAUUGUUAAUCUAACAAUGUGUUUACGCUGCACAGACUGAUCUGGGAUAAGGCUGUUCCAUUACUGCCUCUUGACUUCCAAACCAGUGCCUGCCGAUGUGAGCUCUUGAAAAUGGAUCAAUUUUCUGACGGGAAAAAGAGGACUAACUUUUCAUUGCAAACUUCAACUGGCGAUGGACGUGGUAGUUUACCGCCAACGUGUUUACAAUUUAUAUUUAUGUGCCAUUUAAUUUUGCCCAGUGUCUCAAAGCGUGGGGAGGGAACAGUGUGAAGCCACGUUAUUUUUCUAUUUUAGAGUUCAGUAGGAUUAUGUUUCGUUCAGAGUUUGUCCUUUGUGUUUGUCUAGCUGGGUGAAUGGUUGCGUGUCUGUUAUUAUGCUAAAUUGUUGGCAAUAGAAGACGAUUCAGUCGAGCACACGAGUACUGUAUCUUAGAUUUAUAGAGACGAUAUGUGAUGCGUACACCAACAUGAUAUCAUGGAUCCUUUAAUGUUGCUGUGGACAUGCACUUCAACCGGAUGACUCUGCUAGGUCCGCUGAAUAGUACGCAAGCAGGACCUGGUGGCUACGCGUGUGUGUUCAGGAGACUCCAAACAUAGAUGCAUCCCUCUCAACAGCCUGGAAAUGCUUUGUUUUCGACAUGACAUGUAUGACAGUGAGUUCAGUCAGGCAGGACCCCCUGAAGAACAAUUCACGUUGACUUGGAUGUGUUCAGGCUGAUGGGUGUUGAUUUUAGGAGGAAGUCAUUCUGAGCGUUUAGUUGGCAAGUGUUUGGGUUGGUUUGUAUAAAAAAAAAAAACUUUAAUUACUCCUCUAGCUUGACACUGCAAAGAGCGGUAAUGAUUUAUCUCACACUUUUUUUUACACUUCCCAAAAACAUGAAUUGGUCUCCCUUGUUACAAAUUCCAUAAAAUUAGACAAGACCCCCCCCCCUUCCUUUAAAUAAACUGAUUUAAUAAAAGUGCUUUGUAGACCCUUUCA